UCCAUCCUUUAUUGCAUCUUCAACCCACCUACACGCAGCCUUGCGCGACUUUCAGGCAACCGCCACACCGUCGAAACAACAGACCUACUCCUACCUAGACGUUCGAGCUCCAUUGCCAUUCACCGAUCAUGGCGGGAAUAUUCAAACGUGUAUAUGAUUGGUUGCUGAGGCUAUUCUGGGCCACUGAGAUGGAUAUCACGAUGAUCGGCUUGCAGAAUGCGGGCAAGACUUCGCUGUUGAGAGUUCUGGCGGGCGGAGAAUUCACUCUCGAUUCGAUUCCGACCGUUGGGUUCAAUAUGAAGCGAGUACAAAAGGGCCAUGUGACGCUGAAAUGCUGGGAUCUCGGAGGACAACCUCGAUUUCGGUCCAUGUGGGAGCGCUAUUGCCGAGGUGUGAACGCUAUCGUGUUCAUCGUCGAUUCUGCAGACACAGAUGCCCUGCCGGUUGCGAGGGACGAGCUCCAUAUGCUCCUGGAGAAGCCGGUUCUAGAGGGUAUCCCUUUGUUGGUACUCGGGAACAAGUCGGAUCUGGACGAGAAGUUAUCGGUCGACGAACUGAUUGAUUCCCUGGACUUGAAGAGUAUCUCGCAUCGUGAAGUAAGCUGCUAUGGUAUCAGUGCGAAAGAGGAGACCAACCUCGAUGCGGUGCUACAAUGGCUCGUUGCUCGUGCAAGCAAGUAGAUGAUCCACAGGUGGCCUUGGUUGACAAACGGAUACCCUUCUCCACCCAACUGGAUGGACAGCGGAAACUGAUAAUGACGAUACGAAAUGACGCAAAAAUAAAGCCUGCCCUCCGGU